AUAAUCAUUGGAGUUUCUCUUUAGUAAUUUUAUCUUGCCCAUUUUUUUUUAUUUUUUGAAAAAGAGAAAAACUAACUACCGCACUGUCAAACACUGAAGUCUGAAUCGGUCCAUUCUUCCUCAGUUCAAGACGAAGGAGACAGACAGACAGAGUGAGGUAAAGCGUGGUGAUCAAUGGGGGGUGGAGCAGACCAUGGACAUGGGGAGGCGACCCAUCACCAUGGAGAUUUUCGAGCCAAGGUUUGGAGCAUGACGGGCGGCCCGUACUGCAGGCCCAAGCACUGGCGCCGGAAUACCGCUAUCGCCAUGGCCGGCGUCUUCCUCAUCUGCAUCCCCAUCGCCAUGAAGUCCGCCGAGCUCGAGCAACGGCCACAUCACCCUGUUCGCCCGAUUCCUUCACAGCUGUGGUGCAAAAACUUUGGAACUAAAGACUACUAAAAUAUCCUGGACCUUCAAGUGAAGCAGCAAUAGUGGAGGUCGGGUAUCCAAUUCUUGUUGUUUGCUAGCAAUCCUUGUAUAGAAAAUUGUCAGUCUUCUGAGACUUGCUUCCGUGAUGUUUAAUAAGAGAGUUGGAUGUAGAAGUCACAGUGUGCGUUUCCAUCUUACUAGAUUGUGAUUAUCUAUAACAAAAACAAGGUGUUCACUAUUUUGCUUUCUUUCAGUAAGAAAACAAUAAGAUGGUUGUGCAAGUUGUGAUAUU